ACGAUACAGGAUGAAAUAGAUAAGCGAUAAAAAUCCAGAAGUGCGAGCCUCAAUGUGGGUGCGUCUCUUACUGCAGUCAAAAGUAGGUCACUGUCCCGAAAUUUCAUCAUCACGAGCUUUGGUUUCUCUUUAAUUGUUUGUCUUCACGUUAUUUUUCUUCCCAGUUGUUAUUUGUCCCCAUUGUCAAACGGGUCUUUCAGAAAUUGCUAUCGGAGCAACAGUUUAAACGGUGGCAUUUGGCUAAACGGAAUUCUGUGCUGACGUGUAUUUCUUAAAUCUUUCAUCUAAAACGGAGGUACCGUAGGUCUUUUAUAAUAACUUAAUAAAUUCGUCUAUAUAGCAGCCCUUUAAACAGUCUCAGAUUUCGCUGAUUUUAUGGAGCCCCCAUUGCGUCAUAAUGAAGAGGAUCUUCUCUUCAAAGGAAAGAACAUCCAUUGUAGAAAUGAGCCACUUUAUAACAAAGGGCGGGGCGAUUCAUUGGUGUACCGCGGGUAUUUUAAAAAGACGAAGGAUUUAAAAGAAGAAAUCGUAGUGAGGAAGAUGAAGAAAACAGAUUGUUGCGAUCAAUGGGAAGACAUCUUCAUCAAACAUACUCGAGAGAAGGAUCCCAUCAAACACGAUAAUGUCCUCAAAAUUAUUAGCUACGAAGAUAUGGAUGAAUGGAGAUAUUUUGCUCUGGAACGUUACGACGCUACACUGGAGCAGUUUUGCAAAGGUUAUUAUGAAGGACCAUUGCCAUCUGACGCCCAAGUUCUUUGCCAAAUCGCCGAAGGGCUUUUGUAUCUUCACGGAGAGCAGUGUACACACGGAAAUUUGACGCCUCGAACAAUUCUAAUCGCUUCCUCACAACCUUUGCGGAUGAUGAUCAAAUUAUCCGAGUUUGGGUUGAACAAAUUCGGUGACCGUUUUGAUGACAGUCAAGUGGAGUCAAACGACCAAGAUGGAAACUCAUUUCAUAGAGCGGCAAAAAGAUUGAAAUACACCGAGGAACAGGGGGAACAACAAGAUAUUUGCCUAAGAAAAUAUUGGAGAUUAGAUGGAACCACCGACAGUAACCAGCAGACCCCUACACCUAAUCAAGAUAUAUUUUCAGCAGGCUGCCUCUGUUUUUAUUUUCUCAAACGGGGUGUGCAUCCCUUUGGUGAAGACCCGUCGUCAAUCUUGGAAAACAUUAAAAAACAAAAUCCUGUCAACUUAUUAAAAACUCUGCAACAAGAAAAAGGCGUAUGGGCGGAAUUCGCCUACGAGCCCAUAAAAAACAUGAUUGGAAAUCCACCGACCGACGGUAAAAGUUGGUUACUGAUUGCCAAAACCUGUUUUAUGAAGGCCCUUCCUCUGCGAUUUCAAGAAAAAAAGGAAAACGAACUCGGCAGGGGGGCGUUUGGGGUCGUGUACAAAGGAACGUUCGAAGGAAAUGCCGUUGCAGUUAAAGUUACAGUAAAGGUGCAUUUAAAUGAUAAAGGAAAAGAAGUGCAGAAACGGGAAAUGGAGGAACAUCUCCGGUUGGUCCACGAAAAUGUCCUGAAACUUUUGCACGUCGAUGACUCACGGGAUAAAACCUGCCUUGUGCUCGAAUUAUGUGCCGGGACACUGAAAGAUUAUUGCGAGAAGAAAUACAACGGACCGGAAUUACCGCCAGAUGGCCUAGUCUUGUAUCAAAUCGCCAAUGGAUUGCACUACAUCCACUCACGAAAUUUAGUUCAUCGCGACGUCAAACCGGACAACAUUCUCAUCUCAAUGACGACACCCGUCCAAAUGAAAUUGUCCGAUUUUGGAUUUGUCAAAAAAACAAGUCCUCGAGGGACAUUUGAGCAGAGUGGAUUGAAAGGAACUGAAAAGUGGAUGGCGCCCGAAAUUUUGGAGCUUAUGGAAAACAUGGAAGAGUCAAGUCGUGACAGCUCGUCUGACUCUGAGGAACUUCCGCACGGAAAAAUCCAACGCGACACAUUCGCUGCCGGCUGCGUCUUUUUCUACUUCCUGACCCGCGGUAAACAUCCGUUUGGCAAUUCUUAUCAAAUUCCAGUGAACAUCUUAGAUAACAAUCCAAUAGAGCUCAAUAAACACAAUGAAAAUUUGCAAGGCGAUGAUCGUGCUCUAUACGAACUGAUCGGAACAAUGAUAAAGCCGAAAGAGGAAAGAAUCUCAAUGUCUGAGGUCAUCAAACAAUUGACGACGAAUUUUACUUCAUCCCGUCAGUUCGAGAGAGUUGUGCGAUUAGUGCGGAGGAGAUACGGAAUUUUCGUCUCCCGUUUCCACCCGAAAGAACCAGUUCUCGCCUGCUGCAUUAUAGAUGAAAUUAUUUUAUUUUCUGCCGAGAAUUCGUCCAUUCCCUUUUCUAAUUGGAAAGAGGACGAAAAAAAGUUUAAAAUUGGACAUGUAAAAGAAAUUAGGAUGCUAGAAUGGAAUGUGGACGGAACUCAAUUGGCUGCAGUUUCCAAUGGAGAUAAAGUUAUCGUGUGGGGUUAUCCAAGUGGCGAAAUUCUCUUUCAAAAGAAAUUAGACAAAAAUAUGGAUCGAAUCGAGUGGAAUCCCUUCAGGCCAAACGUAUUCGCUGCUUUACAUACGGGAACCUUUCAAUCUGGAAAAGUUUUCUUAUUCAAUUCCUACCCUGUCGAACCACGGUCAUUUCAUUUCUGCACAAUCGAAGGAGAGAAACAGAUCGUGAGUGUCCAUUGGAUCUCUGAGAAUCGAGUCGCUCUCCGCUUAUUUGAAGGCGGGAGAAUUGAAAUUUGGGAAAUUGACGAAUCGACGACUUCCGCCCAACUCGUUAAACGAUUCCAGCAUGAAAGCGAGACCGAUACGAUAUUAGACAUGGCAUGGGACGAAAGGACGAAAUGUUUGGCCGCUUGUUCUGGCGACGGAUGGAUUUUGAUUUGGUCAAUGGACAGCGACCAACCCAUUCACUGCACAAAGGUCGAUGGCUAUUGUUUCAGUUUGGCUUGGCGUCCAAACGGGAAACCAACGGACGACGAGGGAGUGGACGCGGUCAGGAAAUCGGUCGAUAAUUUCAUUUUGGCUUGGUGAGUUUAUCAACGGACGGGUUGCCGCAGGUCUGCACGCACUUUUCCAUAUUAUUAUUAUAUUAUUAUUUGAGUUAAGCAACGGAUUGGAAUCGUGAAAAAAUGGAUUUUCUGGAUUGAUUCUGGAUUGACAAAUUUGCGUCAACAUUUUGAUAUUUUUCUCAAUGAAUGUCUUUUUCUAACGCAAGAAAAUGAACAUAACAUGAACAUAGGAGAGCAUGAAAGCAAUAAGCUAGCUAGCACUUUCGUGCGCGAGUUUAUUUUAGUUUAUUUUUUUAAAUCUUUGCUCAAUUAAGUUGCGUAAGCGGAUCCCUUGGAUUGAAGGAAUCAAAAAGGGAUUUCCUUUUUCCCACGGCAGGAAAUAUGGACAAGGAGGAAGGGAAGCAAUUUCGAAUUUUUCAUUUCAUUUUCAUUAUACAGUGUACUUGGCAACGAGGGGAGGGAGGGGAGGGAGGGGAGGAUUGUCAUUUGGACUCCGCUGAAAAAUGAAAAGACAAGAAUUCUCCGUCAACAUUCAGGUGAUGUAGAUUCGCUGUCGUUUUCACCCGACGGGCGGUUUCUCGCAUCAGCGGACGAGGAUGGGAAAUUGAUCAUUUGGUCAACUGAGAAUUGGGAACCCGUUUAAAUCGAGGAAGGAAAUAUAAGAUUGGGCGAUCGUUAUUGCUCGUGGUUGAUGUCUUCGUCUACGGAUGUCCCUGACUACAAAUUGGCAUUCAUCUCAUGGCAUCCCAACAAGGUUGAUGUCGUAGAAUAUACGCCGUCGGCCAGAAUGAAAAGCCAAGCAAAGAUUAAAGAUCUCCAAGAGGAUUGACGGGAUUGACGAAGGAAUAAGAAACAUUCGCAGCGGAUGGACAACCAGAUUCACCCGCUGUAACAUGUAAUUGAGUGAAUGCAACAAGUCGAGUGAAGUCAGCCAAUUUCAUAUAAUGAGACGAACGGGCCAGUUUCUUCAUUAAAUUAUGAAAAAAAAACAACUUUGCUGAAAUAAAA